CCGGGAGCAGCCUGGGUGACUGUGUGCAGCCAUCGGAGGGACCAGGGGGCUCCAGGAGUUGAUGGAGUUUCAUCUCCAGGGUAAGAUGAAAGAAGCUGGGAAGAUGGAGUCCACGUAAGAUUCUACACAGUCAACCCGGAAGGUCUGACCCUGUAGGUGGCUGAACUGUGAUCAUCUCAGAGCAGAAUAUGCAAAGCCUGGAGUUAGGCUCCGCCUCUCUGAGAACGGUGAGGAACUGGCCGAAUAUCCAAAAAUAGGAACCAAACCAGCCCUCAUUGUAGUUCCCAUUGUACAGGGCCAGAGCAUGAAGAGCCGAGGUGUAGAAAUUGCAAAACGAGGAUUGGGGCUUUCCGUGGACUGGAUCUGGAGGGAAUCCAGAAAGAUCAGGCCACUCUCAGUGCCUCCUCGGUCUCGGGAUCUGGAUGUCUUAGGGGGACCUCAGAACUUCACACAUCAUCCCUUCCUUUGCUGAGCAUCCUCUUUCUGGAUAAGAACCGUUUGAGGGUCUUUCCAUCCGGCCCUGCCUGAGCUCAAGCUGUUUCCUUAGGAGAGAGGGGUGACACUUCAGGACAAAAGUAGCAUCUGGCCACAGUCACUUCCAUAGCAGUUCUAGAUCGCUCGGGAGAGAACUGCUGGAGGACAGCAACGUUUUUCUGAAAGGCAGCUAACAUCCGGACCCCACUUAAUCCCUCCUCUGCAGCUGGGUUUGAGGACUAUUACGUGAGAUAAGGCAUUCGAAGGACCCAACCCAGACUCACAGACACAGGACCUUCUUGCUGUGUCGUUAAAGUGGAAGAGUGCAGGAAGAACCCGAGGAACGGCUUCCUCGGAGACCCCAGUAAAACCAGAGAGCCUCACCAAGAGAGCUGAGAGGUGUGCAGAGAGCAUCACACGGACCUUGUCAUGAAACCAUCUCACAAGUCCUGGGAGGUUGAGCCACUACUCCCCAACAUGGCAGAGACCCCUUUUGCUCCACAGAAUUCGUCCUCCCCCUUUGCCACGUUAUAUCAAACAGGGGGCAGCAUUUUACCUGACAUCAGCAGGACCGUUGAAACGGCCUUGAGAAAAGGGAAAAUUCUAGACGUGGUGUAUGGGGUCAAGGAGACCAUGGCAGCAUUGUCCCAAACUCCAGUGAACAUCACUCUGACUGGGGACGCCGGCAAUGGCAUGUCAUCUUCCAUCAAUGCACUCCGAAUGAUUGACCAUGAGGAAGAUGACUCGGCUCCCACUGGGGUGGUGAGGACCACCCAGACACGGGUGAAGUACUCUUCAUCCCAGUUUCCCAAUGUGAUACUGUGGGACCUGCCUGGCUUGGGGGCUACAGCCCAAACCAUAGAUAACUAUGGAAAAUAGAUGAAAUUCAACAUGUAUGACUUGUUCAUCAUCAUCGCCUCUGAGCAGUUUAGCUCGAAUCAUGUGAAUCUUGCCAAGCUCAUCCAGAGGAUGGGGAAGAGGUUCUAUAUUGUCUGUACCAAGCUGGACAGGGACCUCAGUACAUGUGUCCUUUCAGAGGUCCGUCUUCUACAGAGUAUACAGGAGAAUAUCCAGGAGAGGAUGAACAUACCCCCCAUAUACUUGGUAUCCAAUCUAGAAACUCUACUAUAUGACUUCCCAAAGCUUAGAGACACACUGCAUAAAGACCUCUCCAGCAUCAGGUGCUGUGUGCCCUUAAACACUCUCUGUUACACAUGUGAGAAGAUCAUUGAUGAGAGAGUGGCCUCCUUGAAGGAGAGACUAGAUGGCGGAUGUUCGGAGCAUUCCAUUUGCAUCAGGGACAAUGAUGACAUGGAAGAGUGUGUGAAAGUGUACCGACUACAGUUUGGUAUAAAUGAUCAAUCACUUCAGCAGGUAGCCCUGAGCCUGGGUACAGUAUUACUAGAGUACAAGGCCAGCAUGAAGUCCCAAAACAGGUGCACUCUCUGCAGAGGGGACUGGAGACUGAGACUGAUGACUUGUGCUCUCCGGAGUGCAUUCUCCAUCACUGUUAAAUGUCUCUCGUGCUUACAUUGCUGUGUCCCCCGGUUCAGACGCAUAAUACACAGACGUGUGCUUCACUUAGCUGCCCAGGACACCAAGAUCAUCGUGAAGAAAAUCCUGAAAGACUCCAUCAGUGCCCCUCUAAUCUAG